UCUCUGCUCUCUCAGUAACAGAAAGUGGCCGCCUCUCUGCUGCUGUCGACUCAAAGCUCACAGACUCAGUCGGCGCUUCAAACCGCCAUUUUGGAGUCAGAGAACUGAGAGUCGGCAGCAGCAACGAGAGAGACAAAAAGGGGGACACGGGGCCAAGGCCUUUAUCACUUCUUUUGUCUGCUAGUCUUGGAAUCAAGAAAUAUGACAUUCCUCACUGAGAAGUAAGAGUUCCUGCCCCGCUUGGGCGGAGGUGCCUGUGCCGCAUGGCGUCAGGGCAGGGGCGGCUAGAGGUCGGGGCAUCUGGGAGCUCUGGCCUGGCCAAACCUCUUUACCUGCAGCGCUUGGAGAGAUCCCUGAGGUUGGACAGCUUCCUGCGCCAGACAGCCACCAUCUUCAACAGAGACAUAACCAGUGAUGACAGUGAUGACAGCGAUGGUGCUCUGGGGGAGGGGCUCUCCCUGGAGCCCUCCAAUCGACACACAGCUUUGACAGUAAAAGAUGAGCCAUGUGAACCAGGGGAUGGCUUGGCAGAGAGCAAGCCCCUCAACGGGGUUCUGCUGCAAGGCAAAGACCAAAAGGCAGAUAAAAGCAGCCUCUACAAUUUCUCCAAGGUGAAGAAGAACAGGAAGUGGCUCAAGAGUAUCCUGUUGAGUGAUGACACCACGGAGUCAGACACAGACUCUGAUGACUCUGACUUCGUUUUGUCCCGGGAGGAGCUGCAUGACAUGCUGAGGCUACACAGAUAUACCAGGCUGCAUCAGAGCAAGUUCCACUCUGACCGGGAGCUCCACCAGUACCAGUACUACAGCACUGGACUCCUGUCCACUCAUGACCCCUUUUAUGAGCAACAGCGCCACUUACUGGGGCCGAAGAAAAAGAAAAUCAAAGAUGAGAAGAAAUUCAAGGCCAAACUAAAAAAGGUGAAGAAGAAGAAGAAACGAGGAGAGGGGGAGUUUCUGGACGAGGGUCGUCCUUAUGUCACUAAGAUCUUUGCCAAGUUUUCCCAUGAUCCUCCACUACCCAUGGUGAAGAAGAAACACCUGACCAUUGAGCAACUGAACGCACGGCGACGCAAAGUUUGGCUCACCAUUGCCAAGAAAGAAAUCCCUAAGUCUUUCAAGCAGAAAACCUCUGCCAAGAACCUUGUCUUGACCAAUGCAAAAAAGCUGGCUCACCAGUGUAUGCGUGAAGUGCGGCGAGCGGCUAUCCAGGCCCAGAAGAACUGUAAGGAGACGUUACCCCGCGCCCGCCGCCUCACCAAGGAGAUGAUGCUGUACUGGAAGAAGUACGACAAGGUGGAGAAGGAGCACAGGAAGAGGGCAGAGAAGGAGGCUCUGGAGCAGCGCAAACUGGAUGAGGAGAUGAGAGAGGCCAAGCGUCAACAGCGCAAACUGAACUUCCUCAUCACCCAGACAGAACUGUACGCUCACUUCAUGGGUGGUAAAGCCAGCAUGGGGGGUGCAGGAGGAGAUGCAGCACAGGAGGAAAUUCUGAGGAAGCUGGAAGACACCGCGGCCCAGAGACAGAUUGACAUUGGGGGUGGAGUGAUGGUCAAUAUGGGACAGGAGGACUACGAUAGUGAAUACUAUAAGUCCCAGGCCCUGAGGAAUGCCAGAGAGGCCUACCAGAUUCACCAGGAGAGAACGCGAAUGUUUGAUGAGGAGGCCAAGGACAGCCGCAGUGCGUCUCUGCAUGCGGCGGGCGCUUCGGCCUCAGGCUCAGGUUCUGGGUUUGGAGAGAGCUACAGCCUGUCCAAUCCAUCCAUCCAGGCAGGAGAAGACAUCCCUCAGCCCACCAUCUUCAAUGGCAAGCUCAAGGGCUACCAGCUCAAAGGCAUGAACUGGCUGGCCAACCUCUACGAACAGGGCAUCAAUGGGAUCCUGGCAGAUGAGAUGGGCCUGGGGAAGACAGUGCAGAGUAUCGCCCUGCUGGCACACCUAGCAGAGAGGGAGAACAUCUGGGGUCCAUUCCUGAUCAUCUCUCCUGCUUCCACACUCAACAACUGGCACCAGGAGUUCACCCGCUUUGUGCCCAAAUUCAAGGUGUUGCCAUACUGGGGGAAUCCUCAUGAUCGCAAGGUGAUCAGGAAAUUCUGGAGCCAGAAAACCCUUUACACACAGAACGCACCUUUCCACGUGGUGAUCACCAGCUACCAGCUUGUGGUCCAAGACGUGAAGUACUUCCAGAGGGUGAAGUGGCAGUAUAUGGUUCUGGAUGAGGCCCAGGCACUCAAGAGCAGCACCAGCGUUCGGUGGAAGAUACUCCUUCAGUUCCAGUGUCGAAACAGACUGCUUCUCACUGGGACCCCCAUCCAGAACACAAUGGCUGAGCUGUGGGCCCUGCUCCACUUCAUCAUGCCGACGUUGUUCGAUUCCCACGAAGAGUUCAACGAGUGGUUCUCCAAGGACAUUGAGAGCCACGCAGAAAACAAGUCUGCCAUCGACGAGAACCAGCUCUCCAGGCUGCACAUGAUCCUUAAGCCGUUCAUGCUGCGCAGGAUCAAGAAGGACGUGGAGAACGAGCUCUCAGACAAGAUUGAGAUCCUGACCUACUGCCAGCUGACGUGCCGACAGAGGCUGCUGUAUCAGGCUCUGAGGAACAAGAUCUCCAUCGAGGACCUGCUGCAGUCAUCCAUGGGCACGGCCCAGCAGGCGCACAGCACCACCUCCUCCCUCAUGAACCUGGUCAUGCAGUUCAGGAAGGUGUGCAACCAUCCUGACUUGUUUGAGCGCCAGGAGACGCGCUCUCCUUUCCACAUGUCUCUCAAGCCCUACGUCAUGUCUAAAUUCCUCUACCGCCAAGGCCUCGUACAUGCGCACAGCCAGGCCAAGAACAAGUUAUCUCAAGUGCUGCUGUCUCCCUUCUCUCCACAUCACAUCCAGCAGUCUCUUUUUCACAGGAGAGGUGAUGACGAAGGGAGCUGUUUCUCCUUCCUACGCUUCAUCGAUGUGUCACCAGCCGAGAUGUCCAACCUCAUGCUGCAAGGCACUCUUGUCAGGUGGUUAGCCCUUUUUCUGUCCCUCAAAGCUGCCUACCGGCUCCACCAUCGGCGCCUGUUUGGCCUUGACGAGGAGGAGCAGGAAGCAAGAGGAGGACGAGGUGGUGAAAGAGGGAGCACGCAACCCAGGAGUAAGUGUCUCUCUCACAGGGACCUGCUCCUGUGGCUGAACAGGCCCAGUGCCUUCCCCAACACAGACACCAGUCCUGUGCUGCAGGAGCUGGUGUUCACAGCGCACAGGCCGGGCACGAUGGGUCACAGAGACGUGAUGAUCCACAGCCAAAAGUCGGUCAGCCCCACACUACGGCCCUGCCAGCCCACACUGCCACCCAAGUUCCUGCUCACCGCCACACCCAGGGUGACAGCGGUUCCCAUGGAGCGUUACUGUGACGACCGCAGUGCUGAAUAUGAGUGGCGACUGAUACGCAGCGGAGGGGGUACAGUCUUCAAACAGUGCUUCCUCUACGGCUCCCCCGAACUCGCCUCCGACUGGCACACGAGAGCCAGCGCCUUCCACCCACAAUGCCCCGGGGGCGUGAUGGCCCUCUACCCUCGCCACGGCUGGUCCUUCGUGAGGAUACCUGAUAAGGAGAGCCUAAUCACAGAGAGUGGCAAGCUGCACACCCUGGAUAUCCUGCUGAGUCGCCUAAAGGCCCAAGGACAUCGAGUGCUCAUCUACUCCCAGAUGACCCGCAUGAUAGACCUGCUGGAGGAGUACAUGGUUCACCGUAAGCACACUUACAUGCGUCUGGAUGGAUCCUCCAAGAUCUCUGAACGCAGAGACAUGGUGGCUGACUUCCAGAGCCGGACGGAUAUCUUCGUCUUUCUGCUGAGUACGAGGGCUGGAGGACUUGGCAUCAACCUGACUGCUGCCGACACUGUGAUUUUCUAUGACAGCGACUGGAACCCCACGGUGGACCAGCAGGCCAUGGACAGGGCUCACAGGCUGGGCCAGACCAAGCAGGUCACCGUCUACCGCCUCAUCUGCCAGGGCACCAUCGAGGAGAGGAUCCUGCAGCGCGCCAAGGAGAAGAGCGAGAUCCAAAGGGUGGUGAUAUCCGGCGGCAACUUCAAACCAGACACACUCAAACCCAAAGAGGUGGUCAGCCUGCUUCUGGACGACGACGAGCUGGAGAAGAAGUUGCGUCUGAGACAGGAGGAGAAGAGGCAGCAGGAGGAAAGCAGCAAAGUGAAGGAGCGCAAGAGAAAGAGGGAGAAGUACGCCGAGAAGAAGAAGAAUGAGGAGUCGGAGACCAAGAGGAGGAAGGAGGUGAACCUUGUCAUCUCCCACGCCCCCUCGGCGGACAACUCCAACCUCUCCGCCGAUGGGGACGACUCCUUCAUCAGCGUCGACAUGGACUCGGCCAUGCCCAGCCCCUUCAGCGAGCCUUGUGUGUCUGUGUGUGCUCCGCUCCCUGGCCAGAUCUCCCUGAGCAGCGAACUGCAGCCGGGCUCGCUGCCCCCGGACGCCGACGCCGACGAGAGCAGCAGCGACAUGCUGGUCAUCGUGGACGACCCCGUGUCCUCCGCACCGCAGUCCCGGGCCACCAACUCCCCUGCCUCCAUCUCUGGAUCGGUCUCUGACAAUAUGAAUGGCGUUUCAGCCCAGGACACCAUCAGUCCUGGCAGGGGCAGGUCUGGGCGGAGUCGGGGACGGCCCAAGGGAUCCGGAGGCGGGGCCAAGUCUGCAGGGAAAGGACGUGGGCGCAAGUCAACAGCAGGCAGUGCCGCAGCAAUGGCAGGAGCUAUGGCUGGAGCAGCAGCUGCAUCAGCGGCAGCAUACGCCGCCUAUGGCUACAGCGUUUCAAAAGCGGGCCUCUCUGCGGCCAGCCCCCUGCAGCCUGCUCUGGCUCGGUCCAGCGCCAGCCCAGCCUUCAACCCCAGCAGAGGCUCCUCCCCCCAGGCCAAAAGUGGCACCUCCACCCCCAGCCCCCAGAAACAGCUGGCCCACAGCCACCACCACACCAGCCACGUCCCAGCCAGGAAGGGGAAGGGCCCUGGUGGCCCGGGGGCUCGAUAGUGCACACAAACGUACAGGCGCAGAUGCCUGCACACAAGCGCACAAUUUUAUCUCGCUUUCUUUGACAACAAACACAUACACGCACACAUAUACAUAUACAUAUAAAUAUAUAUAAAACUGACCUGCUCUCACUGUGAUCCCCACAGACGCCCUACUCCUGAACUAAUGAUAGGGAAUACAGUAUUUACAGUAGCUGAGGCUUGUUAACCCGGAGGACCAUGCUCUGCCUGCAGGCUCAGCAACGAAAAGGACCCUCUGCACAAACACACACACAAUCAUUUGAAGGUGCAACCCAUGAUGAUCCCUCCCAGCCUCUGCAUUUGUUGUGUUAGUUGUAUUUCCAUGUGUCCAGGUCAGUGGAAAGAAUCCGCCUUGAGUAUUUUGUUUGCAUUGUGACGACAGUAUUUCCAAGUGCUUUUCGAGAAGACAAACUGUACUUUUUUGCGUUUCUGACAGAGGUCUUUGAUUUGCUAGAUAGUUGUGAUUUGACGAUGACGUAAAAACCAACACGCGUUGCAUAAAAGGGCUUUGAAAACCUUGCGUUUGCCAUGGUAGUGAGCCAAAGGUGUUUCUGUCACAUGCACUGAGCCAUGUCUUCCAUUAGCCUGUUGAUUCUUGGUGUUAUCGAUGCUUAUACAUGUAGGUUAGUUAAUUGUUCCAUAGAUAUGCUCAGUGCACAACUGGUGGUUGAAUUUGCAUUUCAGAACUCAAUGUGAACCCUUACCAUACCAAACAUGAUGCCUACAGCUUUUGUACUAAAGCUCUUAUUUUUGUAAUGAAAGGUGUGAGUACCCACAUCGAUAUGGCAGAUGUUGGCAUUUUGAAAAGCUUUUGUCCGUGUAAUUUAUUACAUUACAAUGGUAAAUUAAAAGCAGUAAUGUAUAUUUUUUGUCCAAUCGAAAAAUGGAAUGGAAAAUUUAACAUCAUAUUCAAAAGUGAGGGUACUAGUUAAAGGCAGUGCUGCUAACGUUAAAUUUAUGAAUCCAGACAUAGAUCAUUUGCUUGUCUAAUGCUUUAGUUAUGUAAGUUAAGUUAAAAAAAAACAAGUGUGAAUGAGAAAUAAUUCACGUUAAACACCUUGUAAAUUGUAUUGAAGCCAUUUUUAUUUUUCAAAAAGGUAAAAUAAUUAUAUUUCUGAGGAGAAGUCUGGUUCUCUACGAUGUCAUCGAUGUUUUAGAAAAAGCGCUUUGCGUCAGUGUGCCGAGUUGAGCACCGCAUCUGUCAUAGGUUUGUUUGUUUUGUGUUAAUAGUGUGACGAAAUAUGAUGUUCUAUAUUGAUGUACAUAAUAUUGAGAGCAACGUUUCCUCUGGUUUUUUCCUCAUUUGCUUGUCUAUUUUUAUAGGUCAUGUGUACAUAUGAAUAAAUCUGCCAUUUUACUAACAGGAAAAGCCAACUGAAAAUAAAUGAGUGCUAAAUCA